GAAAUUAUUGAGUUUGAUGAGCGGCAGCAACUUCAAGUCUUACAAUUUGACAUGGCGCUUGAACGGCAAGCACUGAUCGGCCUUCCUUUCUUUGCUGCCACCAUUUCCUGGAGGCUUUGUUUGGAAUGCUGACAUCAACCGAGCACCUCAGGAGCACAGGGAAAAGACAUCUGGGGGCCCCUAUCGAUUGUUAGUUCUUCACCGGCCGGUGUUCUUUCAAGUAUUUCGCAAGGUCAAGCUUCCUAAUUGUGCGACAUGGCUUGUAAGUCCUGCCAUGGUCGGGCUCUCGUUUCACAAACAGUGGUACUCGUUCUCUUGUUGCUCCUGAGCGACAUCAGCAGUGUGGAUGCGAAGAAAAAGAGCUACAAGGGUACAUACAUGGAAAAAGGAGUCCGGCUGUUACGAGAUGAUUGCGAGCUUUCAAUCCAGAGAACCGGGGGCCCCUGCAUGACGAGCAGUAUCAACAAGGAGAACUGCAUACUCCGGUGCAUGAACCCGGAGUGUUAUGAACAGGUUUACGGGUUGGACUCGUUGGAGGAGGGGGAGGUCGAUGCGAGGCGUGGCAAGGACUUCAGAAUGUGCGUUCGGAAGGCUCUGAAAGAGAAGGGUGACGUGCUAUGAGAGUCGUGGGGACGAAGUGGGAGUCGUGCGACGCCAUGCUGCCAGAUCGACCUUCACGUGUCCCAAUAAACUACGGGACGGCUGCCACGGGGCUGCCAUCGCGAGUUGUAUGAGGCGGCUUCCACCUCAAGCGGUUGCGGAUGGCAGGCUGCGGGUGCCAUACUACUGGUAACACCUACCUGUACGAUAAAUGGGUGCCAUUGUACAUGAUAAGUGCAACCUCGUUGCAUCCCUGGCGUACCAGUAUUUGAACUGGUCACUACCUCAAUGAUGAAGGUGCCUAGUGAUUGUAGCACCGGAGCUUCGACAAUCUUGCGACGACAACGCCACUAGCUGGACAUUCUGCGUUAUUAUGGCUGGUCCAGUACGUCUUGUGUUCAAAUGCGUCGUCAUUUUGUAUCCCUGCGCCCAAGCCGUGUAUUGAAAAGCGUCCGAUGUUAUAGGAUCAACUGCAUAAUGUAGCACUUGCUAAAUUCGUAGAGGGUCAAAUUUGCUGGAAAGACACUGAGAAUUUUGCGUUGUUUUGUCAAUAUUAUGCAUAAAGGAGCAUUGGCUGCCCCAGAGCUCAAGCGCCGUGUAGCACCUAAAUUGUGCUCAGUGGCACAUGGUAGACUUGAUAAUCCUUGUUAAAGGGAUUCGAUCCGGA